ACAAUAUGGACCACUCGAGAUCGGGUUCUGCUUAUCUGUGUGCUGGGGUACCUCGCACUUGCGUCUUCGCUGACAGCAAACAUCUACUUCCCCUUGAUUGACCUGCUCGCCGGACACUAUGAUGUGUCGACGCAAGCCAUCAACUUAACCAUCACGCUCUCCUUUGUCUUCCAGGGCAUCGCCCCUUCCUUCUGGUCGCCGCUGUCAGACUACUUUGGCCGCUGCCCCGUCUACUUGGCGACC